UGCACAUCGUGGUGAUUUAUUGUGCGAUUAACAAUUUCGAAUAUAGAUUUCGGGGAAUACGCCAUCGUAAGUUUUAAAGACGGCAUGGGAAUCGUCUGUUCCUCAUGGUUGGUGUUCGAAGAAGAGGAAAUCGUCGGAAGUUUGUACCCUUCAAAUAUUCCUGCCAGGGAAUUGGUGAAAAUUUUAAUAGCCAAACGAUGCGAAAAAUAGUGAAUUCUAUAAAAUUAUAGAAUUUCAUCGAUACGCAGUUAAUUAUGAGUCAGCGAUGAAAAAGAUGGAACUGUUAGAAAAAAUUAGCGAUUACGAGAGUGAUGAGAUUAAAAAUGCAGAAAAGUUAAAGAAAACCCGACAUUUAAGGAAAAUAAAAACAGAAUAUGAUUAUGAAUUACCAAGCACCACAAUAAAAAGGAAACCUUUAGCUUUCAUUGAAAAUACCAUUAAGCCAAAAAUGAUGUCAAUGGAACUACCGGUGAAACCUUUGGAACAACAACAUCCAGUAAAACAACUAGAAACAGAACCGGUGAAUGAAGAGAGUUUGCAAAGCAAGGAGGACAGUUCACAGAGAGAGGAGGACAGUUUACUUAGGGAGGAAUAUACCGAAAAGAUGGAUAAACAAAGUGAACAUAUCUCAAAAGAUAAAGUUCAUUAACAAAUUAUUUUUAAAAAAUUAUGUGCAAUAGAUGUAAAAUUAACUCAUCUAUCGAAAGAUAGAAAGGAAAAAGUGAGCGAAUUUGGCGAAAAAGAGUUGAAAAUGUUCCCGAUCAAAACGGUCGAGGAAAUGACUUCCUUAGAGGGUUUCCUAAAGUCCUCCCGAUUCAGGAAGAAAGUGAUAUCAGCUGUUAUGACCUUGGGAAAGCGCUCCAACUGCAAUAAAACUGUUGCUAGUGCACUUACCAAUUUAUUAACUUUUGAAGUUAAGACCAAGUAUACAUUUAAAGCUCAAAAAAAAGAUAAGCCAGCCUUCGAAAAAUUAAAAAUUUGCGCAGUUAUUUUGAGUACGUACUAUCUAAACAAACCUAAAAUUUUCUAAAGAUAAAAUAAUAAAUAAUAAAAUAA